GUUGUGUUGUGCUGCUCUAUCCUUCCCCAAACUCAAAGAUGGAAGAAUAUAAUGAGCUUGGCGUGCUCUGUUUCAAACUCUCUCUUCAAACCUGAAAACUGCAAACUUCUCCCUCAAAUUCUCAAGUCUAAAUUGGGUAUUAAUUAAAAAAUAGAAUCAUGUACACCAUUUCUGUUUCUCAGUUCAUCAUCUUCUCUUCUAUGCCUUCCUCAAUUUUUCCAAGAUACCCAACUCCUUAUCCUUCACUUUUACCAAAAAUAACCCCAUAUCCCCUCACUCACUCUUCAAGAAAGCUCUCAGUCUCAGUAUUUUCAAAGCCCUCUGAGGCAGAAGAAGAGCUCUCAGCCCCGGAGGACGAGUGGCUGAAGAGGCUACCGGACAAGAAGAAGCCUCUGUACUCUCACAGCCUCCCUUGCAUUGAGGCCUGGCUUAGGAACUUGGGGUUUUACCAGAGCAAAGAGGACCGGGCCGUUUGGCUGGUUGAGAAGCCAGAGUGGCAGGCCCAGCUCUCACUCGACGUCACCGAUCUCUAUGUAAGGUAUCUAAAGACCGGACCGGGUAAUCUUGAAAAGGAUGUGGAGAGGAGAUUUAGUUAUGCACUGAGCAGAGAGGACAUCGAGAAUGCAGUGCUUGGAGGACCUUGAGGACAACAGAGAUUGUUCCUGCUGGCCUGGUUUUUGCUCUUCUGAAUUUAUUGAGCUCGUGAAGGCACUGAUUACCUCAUUGGUUGAUGGACUUGUGUGAAUAGGUUACUUUCUAUUCUUAUGAAAGUACCUAUCAGCCUAUCCAUACGAGAACUUUGAGAUAAAUAAUGGGCUAUUUGUUAGUUGUAACUUAAACUAGUUGUGUGAUAAGAGCCUUUGUGAUCAGAAGAAUUAUUAUUUUAGGUUAGAGCUAGGGAGGUGCUUAGUGGUGCAAAUGCUGUAGACAAUUUUCAAAUUGAAUGUAUACUUCGUUUGGUAAUAAAAUUGAAUGUAUACUUCUCUUUUAUUAA